AUGGCCUUAGCUAAAUCUCUUCUUCGAGUAGUCAAAAUUGAGGAACAGAAUAUUCUCAUAAAUAAAGAACGGUUCCGAACAAGCCCCAAGAACGAUGUUCCUCGAGUUGAACGGGCACUUCACAUCCAACCCUUUUUAGGUAACACGCAGGAUAAACGUUUGAAAUUUAAGGAUAGCCUUCAACCUGGGAAGAUGGAGGUAGUGUGGUGUGUAAUGAAUCGGCCCAUCCAUAGAAGCAUUUGCUGCACUCUUGUUGCACUUGGUGGUGGUUACUGA